AUGUCAACUUCAAGAUCUAACGAGCAUCUGACAAUUGGCUAUCCGCCCCAAACGGCGACGGCUCAGAAUCGGUCGACGUCUCCGACGAGCACCUCGCCGAACGAUCCACAAUCAGCCACCAGUUUACGGUCUCCCUUUGGUCUGUCUCCGGGCCUAGCACCGUCAACCAAAAUGUCCGGCAGCACGCGGCCUGUCGCGGGCUCGCCUUCUCAUGAGAUCCCACCAUCUGGCCGCCUCUUCUCCAAGCGAGCUCGAGAGAUCCAGGCGCAAGAAGGUGUCGCGGGAUUGCCAGUAAAUCCCUGGGGGGGCCCUCCCACCAGUGGUAACUCAACACCCCUUCGCGAGAACAUUCCCGAGUCGCCCACAGAUGGCUUUCCCGACUUUGCCCAGCUGCCCACCCCAGACAGCUUACCACAGACCCGGCGUGCUCGGGCGGGUACAGUGCCAUCUAGGUUUUCGCCUGGCGGUGCAAACAACGGCUUGAUCGGCAUUCCGGCUCUACCCUCAAAGACCUCGCGACCGAGUCCGACGCAGACACCCUUCACGGCUACCCCGUCGCCGGGUCUCGAGCCGGUGGACAAUGCGGCUAGCACCUCAACUUUACUGUCAAGACUGCGAGCUGGUUCCAUGCCUCAGCGGAGUCCGUUUGCCCACAUCCCGGGCACCAGUUCGCCUUUCGGACCGUCCAUUUUUAGCAGUUGGAACCCCACCGGGCGAGAGAGAGGCAACACGCUGGCAAGCAUUGCCAGCAUAGGAUCCAACGGCCCAAGUUCUCCAGCCCAGUCGCAGUUCUCGAGAGAGGGAGCUGCGGAGAGCGACGUUCACAUGAGAACACUCGACUAUCUUGGCUUAGCCGAGACACCUCAGCAAUCUCGGGCCCAACUCGCCACCCCGUUCAUACCUAUGUUUGCCGACCUUAAUAAGGCAGCAAACCGGAUCCGGUCCUACUCUGUCAACAACAAAGAUAAGUAUGUCGACGAGGAGGACGAUGACUUUGAUUCUGAGAGCCUGUCAGUGAUGGAAAGCCAGUAUGCCCAGCUGCAAGAUCAGCUUGCUGCGACGAACGCUGCAAUCCACAACCAUAACCUGGCCGUACAGGCGUUUGCUAAUCAAGCCGCUGUCAACCGUCCUCGUGCGAGGACCGCUGGAGUCUUAGAGACACCGGCGUCCCGUAUCCUGCGCAACUACUUUCCUACCCCGUCAAGACUUGACAGCCCCAUCUCGGCGGCAGAAAUUCGACUGCCAGAUGAGAAGGAGUUUGACGACCUCCCCCAGGCCGUCGCUGCCAUGUCGUUGGCGAGAUCGAAUAGCCACAACAACGGACUCUUGAGCGCCGACGAGCAAGGCCUCGAAGGGCCGACGAGCGCACUUUGGCUUGGCAGCAUUCCCACUUCCACCACGACCUCAACGCUGACCGAGAUGUUCAAAUCGUAUGGCCUAAUAUUGUCGGCCCGAGUUCUGACCCACAAGAACUGUGGCUUCGUCAACUUUGAGAGAGUGGAUAGUGCUAUCUCCGCUAAAGCCGCUAUGAACGGAAAGGAAAUUUUUCCUGGCGCUGGUCCUAUUCGCAUCAACUUUGCAAAGCCUCCUUCGGCAUCCAACACGCCUGGUCAUGACGGCGUGUUUCCUUCCCCAAGCCCUGAUCCUUUUUCCAAGGCCCAAGAGAACGGGCAAGCCGGCGCGCCGGGGGAUGCUGUGCCAACCGCAAUUCCGAGCAAUGUUACGCCAACUGUGCCUCCCCUUGGUGAGAUGACGGCUGAUAUCAUGGAUAUUGUCGACCAGUUUGGGGCCAACGAAGAGGACAAAUACCGCAUGUCCAUGAGCUUACAGCAAGCGAUCAAAUUCACUGAUUUCGUCGAUGAGAUUCCGCCUAUCAAGGAACCUGCCCAUACCAGGGUGCAUGAUGCGCCAAAGCUAAGGGAUAUCCGCAAGAAGAUCGAUAACCAAAUGCUCUCUCUUCACGAGAUUGAACAGAUUGCCAUUGAUAUGCUUCCCGAGAUCGCCGAGCUUUCGUCAGACUACCUUGGCAACACGGUCGUCCAGAAACUCUUUGAGCACUGUUCGGAUAACCUGCGAGACUCGAUGCUUGCUGAGAUCGCUCCCCACAUGGCUGAGAUUGGCGUACACAAGAAUGGUACUUGGGCAGCCCAGAAGAUCAUUGAUGUUUGCAAGACUCCGCAUCAGAUGAAUUUGAUUGUGGAAUAUUUACGUCCCUACACGAUCCCCUUGUUCCUGGACCAAUAUGGCAACUAUGUUCUGCAGGGCUGUCUCAAGUUCGGCUCGCCAUUCAACGACUUCAUUUUCGAGACGAUGCUGAGCAGGAUGUGGGAGGUUUCCCAGGGUCGGUACGGAGCUCGUGCGAUGCGGGCCUGCCUCGAGAGCCAUCAUUCCACAAAAGACCAGCAGAGGUUGUUGGCAGCAGCCAUUGCUCUGCACAGUGUGGAGCUCGCCACAAAUGCCAACGGAGCUUUGCUUCUUACUUGGUUCCUCGACACCUGCACGUUCCCGCAGCGGCGGACAGUUCUGUCGCCUCAGCUGGUUCCAUAUCUGGUUCAUCUAUGCACACACAAGGUUGCCUACCUAACAGUCUUGAAGGUCAUCAACCAGAAAGCGGAGGGAGAUGCAAGGGACACCAUUCUCAAGGCGCUCUUCUUUUCCCAAAACGACCAAGUUCUCGAGGCAAUCUUGAGUGACCAUGCCUGUGGUGCAACUCUGAUUUUCAAGGUCUUGACAACGCCAUUUUUCGAUGAGGCCAUUCGAGGGCAGGUUGUUGAGAAUGUCAAGUCUGUCUUGAUUCGUAUCAAGGCGCAGCCGGGACAAGGGUAUAAACGCUUGAUGGAUGAGGUGGGUCUCUCCACGCGGAGCGGUGGCGGCAGUGGCAGCGGCGGCAGCGGCGGCAGCGGCGGCGGCAGUGCCGGUGCUGGAAAUGGUCCUCGAGACCAUGGCAACAACACCUCUGGCGAGCGACAACGCCCGGCAUCGCGUCAAACUGGCCUCAAUGCCCAGCAGCAGCAGGCUCAAGUCCAACAGCAGCAACAGGCUCAGCAACAAGCUCAAGCUCAGCAGCAGCAACAGGCGCAGCAACAGGCGCAGCAGGCUCAGCAGCAGGCUCAGCAGGCUCAGCACGCGCAGCAAGCCCAGCAACAGGCCCAACAGCAAGCCGCCCAAUUUACUAGUGCCGGAGCUGGCCAGUUCUACAAUCCUCUCAACGCUGCUGCUAGCCAGGCAAACUAUGAGAUGGUCUAUGGCAUCCCCCGAAGCGAGAGUGUCGAGCCAAGCUUACCUCAGCAAUUCCCGGCAUAUAACCAGGGACCGGUGUUCAACGCGUCCAACCCGCCCCUAGGCCCAGCUGCUCUCCAGCAGAUGCAGUACCAGCAGUCCAUGAUAUCACGAGGUGCACCCCCUAUGGGCAACUACUAUCCCGCGAUGCAGGCUGGCUUUGGUGGAUUCCAGAGCGGAAGCCCCUCUCUCGAUCAGUACCGAAACCAACCUCAACCAAAUGGGAGCCCAAUCCAGCCUCCCAGCGCUCAGUUGCCAAGUGUUCCCGGCGGCCAAGCUCCAUUUGCAGCGCCUGGCUUUGGCAUGAACAUGGGUAUUCCUGGGUUUGCAUAUAGUAACCUCGGAGGGAUGCAGAACGUGGCAUAUAUGCAGGAACAAGUCAAUUCUAGACGUGGGCGUGUAGGUCGCAGCCCGCAACCCGAGAGACAACGGCGCGCGCAGUAGGAAGCCAAACAGAUACUUACUCUUCGUGUUCAGAAAUAAUACGGCUGCCAUCGAUUUGGCUCUUCGACGGCCUACUCCGAGCUCGCUCGAGCCUGUGGCGGCGCAUACAGCUAUUGACAUGAGGGGUUUGGGCGUGUUUCCAAGAUUAGAGCUUCAUUGUUUUCACAGACAUGCUCUCUGAGACCUGAGUCAAGUUUGCGGCGCCUCGGGAGCUGUUGUUGUCGUCUGUGUCAGCUGAUGGCGAUCUUGGUUGGUGUUCAGGGGGUGGGUUUACAAGGGCAUGGCGUACCUU